UCACCCGAGCCGCAAAAAUGGAGGCCAAGCUGCUGCUCCUCUCCUUCCCCUCCCCGCCGGCCGCCCCCCACCACCCGCCGCCCCCCAAAUCCCUAUUCCUCGGCGCCUCCCUCCCGCUCCACCCGCUGGCCGCCGCCCCGCCGCCGCGCAUCCGCCCCCGGCUGGCCGUCGUGGCGCAGGCGGCCGCCGUGAAGCGCCGAAAGGAGGUGCCUUUCGACAACGUGAUCCAGCGGGACAAGAAGCUGAAGCUGGUCCUCAAGCUGCGCAACAUCCUCGUGUCCCACCCGGACCGGGUCAUGAGCCUGCGGGACCUCGGCCGCUUCCGCCGCGACCUGGGGCUCACCCGCAAGCGCCGCCUCAUCGCGCUCCUCAAGCGCUUCCCCGGCGUCUUCGAGAUCGUGGAGGAGGGCGUCUACUCGCUCCGGUUCCGCCUCACCCCCGCCGCCGAGCGCCUCUACCUCGACGAGCUCUACCUCCGCAACGAGUCCGAGGGCCUCGCCGUCGCCAAGCUCCGCAAGCUGCUCAUGAUGUCGCUCGACCGCCGCAUCCUCAUCGAGCGGAUCGCGCACCUCAAGAACGACCUCGGCCUGCCCUCCAACUUCCACGACACCAUCUGCCUCAGGUACCCUCAAUACUUCCGCGUCGUCAGGAUGGACAGAGGGCCCGCGCUGGAGCUCACGGAAUGGGACCCCGAGCUGGCCGUGUCCGCCGCCGAGAUGGCAGAGGAGGAGAAUCGGGCCAGGGAGGCCGAGGAGAGGAAUCUUAUCAUCGACCGGCCUCUCAGGUUCAACCGGGUGAAGCUGCCCAAGGGGCUGAAGGUGUCGCGGGGAGAGGCGCGGAGGAUCGAGAAAUUCAGAGAAAUGCCGUACAUUUCGCCGUACGCCGACUUCUCGCACCUGACGUCGGGCUCCCCUGAGAAGGAGAAGCAUGCCUGUGGGGUGGUUCAUGAGAUUCUAAGCCUGACACUUGAGAAGCGCACGCUGGUUGACCACCUGACUCAUUUCCGGGAGGAGUUCCGGUUCUCGCAGUCUCUGAGGGGAAUGCUCAUUCGCCACCCUGACAUGUUCUAUGUGUCACUCAAGGGAGAUAGGGACUCGGUGUUCCUCCGUGAGGCGUACAAGAACUCGCAGCUGAUCGAGAAGAGCCAUCUGGUGUUGCUUAAGGAGAAGAUGAGGGCUCUUGUUGCGGUUCCACGCUUCCCUCGGCGUGGUGGGCCUAGGACUGGUGAGGAGACAGAGGGACCCAAUGGCGCUGCGCAAGGGUAUAAUGAAGGAAGUGACAUGGAAGAUGACGAAGACGAUGAUUUUUCGGACAUGGAAGAUUUGAUUGGGGAACUUGGUGGCAAAUCUGACAACAGUGGCUACCGCUGGGGUGAUGGCUGGGUUGGCGAGAGUGAUGGCUCGCCACCGGACUUUGGAGAUGGUGAUGACUCAAGUCCACAAGAAGUCGAGGUACCAAAGUCAAAGAGUAAUACAACCAACGAUGCCAACGACGACUCGUCUGUUCCUGUAUUUCCUGACGGCAGACAACGGGAACGGUGGUAAACUGAGCUAUUUUGAGAUUUAGCUGAUAGAAAUCUUAAUCUGUAUUGUUAGUUUUAUCAUCUUGUCUGAUUGCAAAGCCCUCUCUGUCUUUUGAAUCGCCCUGCUGAGUUGCUGGCUAGUGUUAUGUAUCACCGAGCAUGUGAGUAGCUUACAGUAUCAUAUUGUGAAAAACCUGCAUGAUAACGCUAAAACUGUCUUCAGUACAGUUCUGCGCCGAACAUUCACAAUAGACAUAUAUGUAAAACUAUAUAUGACAUGAAUGAAAGAUAGUCAUGGCUGCAAAUGUACCACUUGAUUUGAAA